AUGGAGCCAUCCGCGGAUUGGCACGCUGUUAUCACUCACUAUACGAUUUGCGUCCACAUCGCAAGUCUUGCAAUGGGCUGGCACACCAUAUCUGCUAACAUGCUAUUCAAUCUCUCGUCCAUUGGCGUGCAUGCGAUCUGCGACAUUUCUUGGCCCAACAUCCUUUCCCUAUUUCUACCACACUUUCACGCGGAUAUCCUCUCCACCAUUCUCGAUCACGGAUUCGGCGCUUGUGUUAUUGCCCGCAUAUCCGAGGAGCUACCUCCCUUUAGCCAAACGCAAAAUCAACCCAGUAGAAAACUAGCAGCUCGCCAACGCCACUGGCCUGCUGUUCCUCAAAAUGUGAUACUCGAGUGCCUGAAUCACGCGACGCUCUGCGAAGAUAUCGAACAAUACUCAAUCGUGCUUUUCACAAUCGGUGCACCCGCACUUCUUCAUGCACUGCAACCUGCGAAAGCCUUCUUUACUCGUGCACACGCCCCACCACAGUUAACCUUAGGUGGUCUUCCGAUGCUCCACCGCUGCAAACUCUCGUACAGGGAGCAAGCCAAUGGUUUAUGGUAA